AUGGGGGGGAAUGCCUCAGAGUUCCCCACAGUUGGUGUAGAUGUUCUCAGACCAUCUCUCUCUGAAGAGGACCCAGAGGGAACCUUGGUAGCUCUGGUCUCAGCCGGGACAUCCAGAGCAGGUCCAGUCUCCUUCUACCUGGUGUCUGGAGACUCCGACCACCUGUUCCGCCUCCACCAAGCCACUGGCCAGUUGACCAUCCACCACCCUCUGGACUAUGAGACCAACAAAGAGUUUCUACUGCUGGUGGAGGCCAGAGAUGCAGGCUCCCCACCGUUCUCUUCUUAUGCAGAGAUUCACGUGAAUGUCACUGAUGUGAACGAUAACGCACCGCAAUUCACUCAGCGUGAAUAUAGGUGUGAGGUACUGGAGAACUCUCCAGCGACGUGGGUGUGUGACGUGCUCGCCAUCGAUGCGGACUCUGGGAGUUAUGGAAAGGUGCAGUACAGCAUUUUAGAGUGGAACAACAUUGACCAUGUUUUUACUAUCGACUCAGAAAAUGGCAUGCUGAGCACAACAACGAGUUUAGACCGCGAAGAAAUACCUGAGUACAAUUUAACCAUCGUAGCGGCAGACAAAAACAACAGUUUCUAUAAAGACAUUGCAGUCAUGCUAGUGGUGGUUGUGGACACAAACGACCAUGCACCUCGGUUUACACAGAUCUUCUUCACUGAGGUAACUGAGGAUUCUCCUAUCGGACACACCAUUUUACAGAUCGUCUCAACAGAUGACGACAUCGGUGCCAAUGCUGUGAUGACUUAUUCCAUAAUUGACCAGAGGGAUGACGUUCUUCCCUUCAGUAUUGAUAAGACUAGUGGGUGUAUAACAGUGUUGCUGUCCCUGGACAGGGAGACCCAGGACCAUUAUGUGAUGAAAGUCAAUGCCAACGACUCAGCUUGGACCAUUAGUACAGACGUGACAAUAGACGUAACCGAUGUUAAUGACAACAAACCUGUCUUUACUAAACAGGUCUACACCACUACUGUCACUGAGACCAGGGCCCAGGAAGUAUUUGUUAUGCGAGUUCUCGCUAUGGAUGCUGACCUGGGACAAAACAGUCAGAUUGUGUAUCUGAUCGACCCUCCCAGUGAGCACUUCUGGGUCAAUGCGUCUACUGGGGAUAUUCUCACCAAGCAACCCAUAUCUUUACUACAUCAGUCUGCCUCUCUGAGCUUUAGUAUUACGGUUGUAGCCUCUGACUGUGGCAAUGUUCGUUCAUACAGUAACUCCAUGGUCAUUGUAACCGUUGUUCAGUAUAACCACUUCCCUCCCAGCUUCCUGCCUUUCCCGCCUCUCCUGUCCAUCCCCUUUAACAUCACCAUGGGAACCGAGGUGGUGCGGCUAACAGCCGUGGACCGGGACUCCAAUCGCAGCAAAAGCAACACUACUAUAGAAUACAGUCUCGCCGGAGGUAACGUAUCAGAUUUCUUUGUAAUAAACAUGGACGAUGGGAGACUGAUGCUUAAUAGGACAUUGAGGCAAAGCAUUAACUCACUGUUGAUGCUCAUAGUUACAGCAAAGGACCAGGGGUUCCCUCCUCUCUCAUCACAGGCUGUUGUUCAAUUUGAGGUUACAGGAGAGAAUCAGUUUUCUCCGCAGUUUUCAGAGAUGUAUGUUACCUUCUCCGUCCCUGAGGAUCUGCUAGUGGGGUCAGUCAUUGGGAAAGUCCAGGCCGAAGACGGAGACGAUGGUGUCAAUGGUGUGCUCUCAUACUCUAUAACGUCAGGAAACAAAUAUUCACCGUUCUCUUUAGGACAGAGGUCAGGGUUGAUUACCCUAGUCGAAAGGCUGGACUAUGAGAAACAAGGAGUUUAUCGUAUUCAGAUCACCGCCAAAGAUGGAGGCUGGAUCUCUAAGACUGGGACGGUAAUCAUGACCGUGAAUGUCAGUGACGUGAAUGACAACCCUCCGGUCUUCACAUUGUCACAGUACACAGCCUCAGUGCUGGAGAACUCUGCGGUUGGGACACCGGUCCUCCAGGUCGGUGCUACCGAUGCAGACUCAACCGCCAAUGCAGAUAUUACCUACUCACUGAUGGCCAGUGGACACUCUGGCCAGUUUGCCAUCGACUCCAGGAACGGCACUGUCACCACUCUGGAUAUAUUUGACUUUGAGCUCAAGCGGUCCUUCGAAAUAACUGUCAAGGCCUCAGACGCAGAAAACCGCCAUUCAUUCAGCAUCGCGCACGUUAAUAUCCAAGUCUCAGGAGUCAAUGAGUUCAGCCCAGCGUUCCUGCAGCACAAGUUCAACCUGUCUGUCUCCGAGAAUGUAUCUAUUGGAACUAGAGUUGGCAAGGUAACCGCCACUGACUCUGACGAAGGCCUGGACGGACUGGUCUUCUACCUGCUCAUUGGACAAAGCCGAUGGACAGGCUUCGACGUAGAUGAACAGAGCGGAGAGAUCUACAUCACCGCUGAUCUGAGGAAGCAGGGCUACAGCCAUGUCACCCUGAGAAUCCUAGCUAAGAACCGAGGCGUCAUCACAGGGCUAGACGUGGACGAAGCCUUGGUCCACAUCAAUAUAGUGGACACUAACGACCCACCAGAGUUCUCCUCGGGGCUCUACAGUGCGGAGAUCAGGGAGGACAGCCUUGUGGGGAAUCCUGUUAUCAGAGUGGUUGCCCUGGACCAGGACUCUGUCCCAGAGUGGAGCCGCUUCUCCUACAGCAUCCCGGAUGGAAAUGUCAACUCAUCCUUCUUUGUAGACCCUGUCAGUGGACUUGUGUCUGUCAGUGCCCCCCUGGACAGAGAACUGUGGCCCCUAUACAACCUGACUGUGAAAGCCACAGACCAGGGUUCUCCGCCAGCCACUGGGACUGCUCAAAUUGUGGUGACCAUUACUGACGUUAAUGACAACGCCCCCACAUUAGUCAACAUACAUGGACAGGUGAAGGAGAACCAGCCUGCUGGUACCAUAGUGGCCAGGCUCAACACCUCUGAUGCUGAUCUACCUCCCAACCAGGGGCCAUUCUCCUACUGGAUCGUCCAGCCUGCCUCAGGGAGGAGCUUCACCCUAACUUCUGAUGGAGUCCUUUCCACCUCCAGACCUCUGGACCGGGAGGUCAACUCUGUGUUUCAUCUGUCGGUGGUAAUCAGUGACGCAGGGACUCCUCCGCUGUCCUCCACCACGAUGUUUAAUGUCAGAGUCGAGGAUGAGAACGAUAACCCAUCGGUCCCGAGGAACGUCUACAUCGAGGUGAAGUACUAUGGCAGUGCCUUCCCCGGCGGCUUCAUCGGCGACGUCAGACCCGAGGACCAGGAUGUGGUGGACACGUUUAACUGCAGCAUCAGAAACGGACCUCUUAACAUGUUCACAAUCCCUGAAGGCACCUGCGAUAUCUGGUCUUCUCCAUACCAGGGAGAAGCUACGUACAACAUCACAAUUGAGGCCACCAACCACCUCCACCCUCCCAUUAACAACAGUAUCUACGUGAACUACAAAGGCUUCACCAACGCUUCCAUGGACAGCUGUAUACUGUUCUAUGUGGCGUCCACCUCGGUCAAAGACUUCUUGUCUCUCAAUUAUUUGAAGUUUGUCAAAGCCCUAGACAGCCUGUUCAACCUGCAGGCCUCCAAGACUCACAUGUUUGGGAUUAAGCCUACAGGUGAUAAAGUCCUGCUCCUGGCUGCGGUGAAGAGUUACAACGGUCAGUACCUGAAUGGAGAGGUCGCCAGCAGUAUCUCUGCUGCCCACCAGAAACUCCUGGAGGCUCAGAGCAACAUCACUCUGUCCUACAUCACCAGCGACCCCUGCCUCGUCAACCCCUGUCUGAAUGGCGCCACCUGCAACAAAAAUGUCCACAUCGGCCCAGAGGUGUUCGUCCUGGAGAGCCCGUCGGUCAUCUUUGUGUCGCCGCAGAAUGAGAUCUUUAAUUGUUUGUGUUCAGCGGGCUUCGCCGGCACACUGUGUGAAUUAGAUGUGGAUGAGUGUGACGAGAGACCCUGCGAGAAACAGAGCGUGUGUGUUAAUAACCCAGGAGGGUUCCGUUGCCACUGUAGGAGGGGCUUCUCUGGCCUGUACUGCUCAGCUGACCUGGAUGUUUGCCUUGGGGUCCACUGUCAACAUGGAGGAACGUGCCUGAACACGGAGGAUGGGGUUCACUGUGACUGUAGUCCUGGAUAUGAGGGAGACUUUUGUGAGCAUUCCGUUAACCACUGCGCCUCAGCACCUUGUUUCCAAGGCAACUGCACCAAUGGUCUGACAGGAUACACAUGUCAUUGCCCUUUUGGUGUGAGUGGCAUCCACUGCGAAGAGGACAGCUUUGGCUUUGAGGAGUUGUCAUAUAUGGAGUUUCCUCCUCUAGAUCCCAGGAGUAACUUCAUCUCCCUGGAGCUGGCCACGUUGCAGCAGAACAGCCUGCUGCUGUAUAACCCUGCAGGCUCGGGCAGUGUAGAGUACCUGGCACUGGAGGUUGUGAAGGGGAGGGUCCGUCUCUCAUACGACCUGGGCUCUGGAGCUGUCCGUCUGCAGACGGAAAGGCAGGUGGCUGAUGGACGCUUUCACAGCAUCACCGUCAGGAGGAUAGGAAAUAUAGGCUCUCUACAAGUGGACCACUGUCCUGAUGUGAAGGCUACUGGAUUUUGUCUCUCUCAAAGUAAUGGCAUUGGCUCCAAAAGGACCCUGGACGUUGGCGGCAGUAACAUGACGUUUGGGGGAGUCAGAUCUAUUGAGUCUGUUCUGCUGCGUCCUGGUCAAGUCCAGACUCAUGACUUUGUUGGCUGUGUGAGAAACAUGAAAGUAAAUGGUAUACCUUUAGGGCUUACCAAAGCUCUGGCGGCCUACAACUUCUUGGAGAGGUGUCCUCGAGCAGCAGUGUCUCCGUGUCUCAGUGGUCCGUGUCUGAACGGAGGAGUGUGCCAGGACCUCUGGUCUCACUACAUCUGUCAGUGUACACACCACUACACUGGAACCACCUGUAACACAGAAAUUUCAGAGGAGCAUGUGUUACGGCUGGGCAGUAGCGGCUACAUAGAAUAUGUGGUCAGAGAGAGCUACAGGAGAGAGCAGCAGCUGAGAGACCUGCUGAACGAAGACAGAGGACAGACAGAGACCAGCAGAGAUCUCUCUGAGAUAGAAGUCAAGGUGAAGACUGUGGAGAGAGACGCAGUGUUGCUGUUCGUUUUGGGAAGGAAAGGACACUUUGAGCUCAGGGUGAUGGAUGGAAACCUUCUGUACGUCUCCAGAGACAGAAGGUCAGACGUCCUCUCAGAGGUAGCCUCAGAGACCAGCAUGGCAGACGGGGACUGGCAUGUCCUCCAUCUUUCCACAGUUGGAAAGAGCACUGUCCUUCUGAUGGACGGCCAGACAGUCACGAACACCAGCAAUAACGGAGCUCUGGACCUAAGUGCUGUCAAUGUGGAGAAGAUCGUCCUUGGAGCAAGUCCACCACCACCCCGAGACACGAGAAUCAAGCGCCCAGUAGGGUUCUCUGGUUGUGUGGAGUAUGUCCGAUACAAUGGCCAUUUACUGCCAGUCAGCGGCUACAGUCUGAUAGUGGAGGUUUGGCCCAGUUCUACCCUUCUUCAGUCCAGCUGUGAGUCCCCAGGCUCCUGUCUUCCCUCAUGCUCCUGUGUUUCCACCACUUGCCCUGAGGAUGUCCCCACCAACGCCAGACUACCUUGCCUCUCUCUGCCCUGUCCCACUGCUCCAGCCUGCGGUGGCUCGGCUGGCACUAGGAACAGCUCCUGUAUCUGCCUCACGGCUGGCUCCUGUGAGCUCUGCUCCUCCCCUCCACCAGAGGACUUCCAGGGAGGAGCAGGAGUGUGUUCUGAUGAGGCCCUCAGGGGCCCCUCCGCUCCUCUGUGGGUCAUCGGCGUGGUUCUCCCCAUCACCUCCUUCCUCCUGGGCCUGGGUGUGUUCCUCUGCCUGGGGAGACGCAAUGCUAACGCCUGCUGCCACCGGACACAGAAGCGUCAGGCUGAAAGUGGCUCACCGCAACGUGGAGAGGAAGGGACGGACAAUGGAGCGUUUUGUUUUGAAGGCCCGAGGACCACUAGUUCUGUACCUGCGGUGAGAGGGAAGCCACCUGACGGGAUCCGGGCGGACAAACUGAGGGAGGCUGUCCAGGACGGCUACAGUACAGCCAGGCCAGGUGUGGAGGCUGGUGGACACAGUGAGGAGCUGGAAUACUACGAGAUAGACAGUGUCUACAGUGUGUUCCAAUCUGAGACUGGCUCUCUAAGGCUCACUGGGUCUCUCCACAACACAGAUUGGGAGAUGACAGAGACUGGAGUGAGGGGAGGAUUGAGGGGAUGUCAGAAGAAAACGCCAGAUUCCCCAAAUCCAGAUGACCGAGAGAGGCCAGUGGAGCUGUGGCAGAGGCCCCUGACACACCCUGACCAAAGAGUCUCCAGAGACGGAGGAUGUGGUAUGGCCAGUGGGCCACUGAGCCAGGUAGCUGAUGAAGAGCAGCGCUUCCCCGGGAGGUUGGUAGUGCCAGGGCUGAGGGGUCCUCCUCCCUGUCUCUCUGUGGAGGAGGUGAGGAAGCUGAACAGCCCUGUGGGUGUUCAGUUACAUCAACUGGCUCAAUGGCCCAGGCCUGGCAGACCUACCAGAGGGAUAAUCAGAGGGAUGGACGGCAACACCCACAGCUCCUUUACCUGCUCAGAGGUCGACUUUGACAGGGACUUCGCUCUACUAAGCGCCCAGGGCUUGUUACAGGAGCGGACACUGAUCACUACCCCCAGAGAACCAGUGGAGAGCCUGCCUGUGCCCCCCUCUCAGGCCCAGUACAGGACUAGGACGGCCGACUCUGGAGAUUCCCCUCAACACUGGGAGCAGCUCCUGAACAUGUGUGUGUGUUUCCACACCUACGCCCCAGUGUUUGAGGACAUAGCAGGGCUGCCAAUGGAACAACCACCUGACUGGGACAGGCAAAGCGAUCUGGAGGAGAUCAUAUGACAGAUCAUGAAAAGAAAUGUACAAGAACUAUGGUAAAGAUUGUUUCAUUGUAAGAGCUCUGCCAGGGAAUGAGUUUGCUUUUAUUCAUGCAGGUGUUUGCAUCGUAAUUGAGGGUAAAGUACAUCCCUGGCAAUGUGUGUUGACAGUAUUGAGGACAGCAGAAUGUACUGUAUGCAGAAUGACUAUAUUUAUAUUGUAAUGCAAUGCUCUCAAACAUCCUAUCAAAUCAAAUCAAAUUUAUUUAUAUAGCCCUUCGUACAUCAGCUGAUAUCUCAAAGUGCUGUAC